AUGAUCGCUCAAGGACGAACUCUUGUCGGUCUCGUCGUGGGAGCCCUCCUCGUUCCGGGGUUAACAUCCGCGCAUCUCCCGGCCGAACAAGCCCCCAUCGGUUCCACUCAACCACCGGCUUUUGCAAACCAAGACUCCUCUGAGGAGCAUGAGUUUUCUCUCCGCCAUAUAUUUCACCGGGAUGACGACGUCCACGCCCGCUUAGAUGUUCGUGCCGACACGAGGUUAUGGGCGUUAUCGGAGGAUGGCAGUGACAAGGAGCCUAUCACACCAACACAGCGUCUUCUCGCGUCUUCAACUCCGCUCACUAUUCAUCGACUGACGGAUCGACGGGCAUCCGUGAUCGAAGAUCAUCUGGCUGCGGUGGCUGCAGCUCUGCCGCCGCCGCCGCAGGAAUGGGCGCUGGAUACUGUGAUGGGCCCUGACAUAACAGACAAGGAGUCUGUUCUCACAUUUGCCAAGAUGACGGCGAAUGACUACAUAGAGGAGCCAGGCACCGAGGACUGGCAUGUGAUCCAUGGCAAAUUCAACUACUCGUCAAGCUUUGGGUGGAAUAACGAUGGACUGCGGGGGCAUAUAUAUGCGGACAAGACCAACAGUACCGUGGUGAUCUCCCUCAAGGGGACUUCGCCGGCGCUUUUCGACGGUGCGGGUACCACCACCAAAGACAAAGAGAACGACAAUCUCCUCUUCAGCUGCUGCUGCGGCCAAGGAGGUUCCUAUCUUUGGCGUCAAGUCUGCGAUUGUCAAGACACCCUCUAUUCUGGCAACCUGACGUGUAUCACGGAGGCUCUGACCGACGAGAAUCGAUAUUACCGAUCCUCUGUGGAUCUGUACACCAACGUCAGUGCGAUCUACCCAAAUGCUACCAUCUGGCUGACCGGCCAUUCUCUUGGCGGGGCUCUGAGUGGCUUGCUCGGUCUCACUUUUGGGGCGCCGGCUGUCACAUUUGAAGCAGUGCCCGAAGCCCUCCCCCGCGGCUCGACUGGGUCUCCCGAGUCCACCUGGUUCACCGGUGCCUUUCACUUCGGGCAUACGGCAGACCCAGUAUUCAUGGGGACCUGCAACGGUAUCAACUCCAUCUGCACCUGGGGCGGUUAUGCGAUGGAAAGUGCGUGUCAUACGGGUCAAUUGUGUACCUACGAUACCGUGGCUGAUAAGGGCUGGCGGGUGGGUAUCGGCACUCAUAAGAUCAAAAACGUCAUCUCUGAUGUUCUGGAAAAGUAUGAUGACGUUCCGCCUUGUGAGGCCGAGGAAGAAUGUGUGGAUUGCGUUCUUUGGAAGUUUUUCCGAAGCAACGGCUCCGAAAUCACCACCACAACAACCACCACCACGUCGCCGACAGCCACUCGCACUUCCACAUGUAAAACGCCUGGUUGGUGGGGCUGUCUCGACGAGUCCACGACGACCGGCAUCACCGCACCGCCAACAGCGCCUACCACCACCGCUACCACCUCGACUACCUCGACUUGCAAAACCCCCGGCUGGUUCGGUUGCAACGACCCGACUUCUACAAUCACACGCACCAUCACUACUGUAACGACCGCUUCCACGACUUCCACUUGCAAGACGCCUGGCUGGUUCGGGUGCAAUGAUCCAACCCCUACCACGGAGCCCCCUGCUCCAUACAUAUCCACAACCUCCACCUGCCAUCACCCCGGGUGGUUUGGAUGUAACGACCCCACAUCAACUAUCUGA